AUGGAUUCCCCAUCCAAUUCUAUUCAAAACUUGCAGCAAGAAGCCCAAGGCAGCUCUUCCACACAGUUUGUUGGCCAUGAUCAAGAUCGCCCACCAGCGGCGAAUUCUUCACAAACUGAACAGAACAACAACGUUUCUCAAUCGGCUGAUAAUUUAAGAAGAUCAAGACGUGUUCCUAAACCAAGAACUAGCAUAUAUGAUGAGUAUGAGGAAGAGCUAAAGGAAAGGGCGAAUAAACCCAAGAAGAAGAGACCUCUUCCUACUAAGAAAAAACCGUCUUCCACUCCAAAUGCUAAAUCAAAUCAUAAAGUAGAGAAAAAAAAGGUCACUACAGUUGCCAAAGAUGGAAAACCCACAUCGAAGGCCAAUGACAAAAAAGUGGUGCCGAAACCUAAACCUGCCCAUGAACAGGUAGAACCCACGUUGGUUCCUAGCAAUUGGACUUCAGCAAUACCUUUGCUUACUUCAGAUUUUAAAAACCAGUACAGUGUUAUAUCUAGAUUAAAAAACCCUAACAUGAAACCUGUACCUUAUGCCGGUGAUAUUAUUAAGUUGAUGGCAUUCAUAAACAAGUUUAGUUCAUUUUUCCAUCCUGAUCUACAAAACCUUUCUUUCCAAGAUUUUGAAGUUGGUUUGGAUUUAUAUCCUGGCGACCCUAAAGGGAAUGCUGCGGGUAUCGCGAAGGGCCCUGAUGACACAUCCUUGUUAUUAUAUCCUGAUUUUAUGGCCAUCAAGGAUAUCGUUCAUUGCCAAGAUAAAAUGAAUCUUUUGUUCCUAGCCUUGUUAGAUUUAACAUUUACUGAGAAUUUUGAUAGUAAAAGUGCCAAAAAGAACGGCCCAUUGACUACUUGGGAAAAUCUGAAAUCGUCAUCCAAGAAAAUAUUUUCUAGUUCUAUUUAUCGAUUAAGGCUCGUGGCCCAUGAAUGGGGGUAUCCACAAGAAUGGCGGCAAAAGCUUCCUAGCGACCAAGAUAUUUCCAAACCGAGAACAGCCCUUUUUGAUCAAGAUGAACAAUUACCUGUGGUGGAUCCAAGUCAUCCAGAAAUUUUAACACCGAACAUAUACACAUGGAAUACAAAUGAACCACUUCCCUUAGAAUCAGACCCCUUACAAAAUCGAGAAAUGGACAAAAAUGGUAUUUUGGCACUUAAACCGAUGGAUCGUGUUAUUUUGCUGAGGGUGUUGGUUGACUGGUGCGCUUCUCACUCACCGGCUAUCCAUAAUGAAAUAUACAAAUUAUCUCAUGGUAAAAAAGAUCCCGUUUUUGGUAUUCAUACACAGCAGGUUCCUAGAUAUGCAAUCGAAGGAGUAGAGAAUACGAUGAAUCAGUUCAAAAAACUGUGCUCAUUGGUUCAAUCAAGGUAUGAAAUCAGAAGCAAGAAGAAGCAUUUUAUCAAACAACUGAGAGAGGGUAGAAAACCAGAUUUAUCAAGAAAGCUAGAAAUCUUGAAGGAAGUCAAAACCGAUCUGAAAAACACAGCCAAAUCAGAGAAGGAUGAACUUUUAUUCUCACUGUACGACAAAUGGGUUCCCUUAUUUGAAGGGGAAUUGCCCGAUCAACCAUUGGCCAAUCCCUUUUCCGAAAGACUUUAUAAAUUACGAUUACAAGAGUUCUUUCUUGGUAGAGUUCCCCAUGUAGGUGACUUCUAUAUGCCAAGGUUACAUAGCUACGGCGAAUCACUCGAAAUGAGUACUUUUACUGAUCUAAGAAGUUUACAGGCAUUGCUAUCAAAGUUUAAAAAUAAUGAGUACAACGCUUUUACACUGUUUGAAAAUGAUGGACAAUCAAUGAGUGCUCAAUUUAAAUUGUUCUACCAUGACACACCAUCGUUAGCGCAUGAUGUUGCACAGGGCAAAAAUACGUCGGGGAAGGUAUACUGGUAUGAAUUAUGUCACGACUCAACAACACUGCUGGAGUUCUUGAACUUUUUGGACUACAAAAUCGCUAAACCUCAAGAUGAGAAGAAGGAGGGAAAUGAAAAAGAAAAAGAAACAUCGAAUGACGAAGCGCAAACAUUGGAGCAGAGACCUGCUGUCACCACUGAUUCAAACCCUUCCAUUAACACAAACCCACUGCCUAAAGACGCAAAAUAUAAUACUGCGAGAAAGAAGUUACAAAUAUUAAAGGAGUUUUUAUCUGAUUACUACUUCAUUCUUCGUCAGCUAGAACAAGUGAAAGUCCAAUUUGCAGACAUGAAGCCAGGAAAGAGACAACUGAGAAGAAUACAGCGAGAAACUGUAAACUAUAACACAGAAUAUGAUAGUGAAGAAUAUGUCGAUGAUGAAGAAGAGGAUGAGGAAAUUGAUGUUUAUGAUGAGGAUGAUGAUGAUGACGACGAAAAGAAUUCCUCCUCGAACGAUGGUAGAGCUAAAAGACAGCGUACCUAG